GAGGAAGUGACGUAGAGCCGCUGUGGGCCAAUCCGCGGCUGUUAAACGGACAGCAGGAGGAAGUCCCGCCCCCCGUCGAACCGGAGCGUGUCUGAAGAAGAACCGAGCGAACUGGUCCGUGCCUAGCUUGUCCCGCUCCGCAGCUCCAGCAGCAGCAACAUGGAGACGGAGCUGUUCAUGGAGUGUGAGGAGGAGGAGCUGGAGCCAUGGCAACAGGUGGACGACAGCGUGGAGGAAGAGGAGAUGGACUUCGUCGACUACUACGGCGAACCAGUUGAGGAUACUCCAUCUCCUCUUCCAGCCUCUGAGACUCCGCCCACCACGACUCCAUCCAUAACACCUGCCCCGACAGCUUCACCUCCUCUGCAGCUUGUCUCCUCAGUGAUGCUUCCUCCUCCUCCUCCGCCCCUCAUCACCUCCUCCCGCCUCCCUGCCCCCUCGGCCCUGCCCCUGAUGACCCAGGGCCCGCCCCUCAUUCUGACACAGACGGCAGGCGGGACCUUUCUCCUCCCAGCAGCCCCCGGGACGGGCGGGGGCCAACCCUUCUUCCUCACCACCCAGAUGACAAACGUGGAACGUUUCAGAUUCGAAGACGCCCGAGGUCGGACGUUUGAGAGCAGAGGGGAGAUGGUGAUGUGUGGAGGAUGUGGAGGGAAGUUCUUCAGGAUCGUUUCACACCUGAAGAAAAGCCGGACGUGUUCUUCACACCUCGACCUGGACAAGUUUGAGAAACUGUUGAUUCUGUACAACAGGAAGAGGAAGAGGAAGCCUGAGGCGAAGGGUUUCCCGGUGCUGAACCCAGGUACUCCCCUGCUUCUGAACCUGCAGCCAGGUCAGACGGUCCAGCCGCUCACCCUGAUCCAGUCCUCGUCGUUGGGUCAACUUGUACGGCCAAGUAUGGGCGUGUCCCCCAUCCUCCCCCAGGGUCAGACUGGCCCCGCCACCUCAGGAGGCUCCACCUUCACCACCAUGCAGCUGCCCACCACGCUGACUUUCCGCACCAGCACGCCAGGACCCUUUAACCUCCAGAUGACCCAGGUGGGCGGAACUAACUCCCUGAAGCUGGCAGCUUCUCCUGCCCCACCCUCCAGUUCGACCAACGGCGUCACCAGAGUCACUUUGAUCAGCAGCAGUGCAGGAAGAACGAUUAUCAACACGGGUUGCGGUCCCUCUGUCGUCACGGCUGCCAGCGUGACCUCGGCGCCGGCUGCCGACACCCACCGGGUGGUGAUGAGCGUGGAGGAGUUCUACUACGGGACGUUCGAAGGUGACUUGAGUCUGAGGAAGCCGCAGCCUCUGGGGAUCCCGACCUCCACUUUCACCUGCCAGAUGUGCUCACACUUGGCGGAGAACAACCUGCGGCUGAUGCAGCACAUGCCGCAGCACUCGGAGCUGAUUGGAGGAGGUGAUGAAAGGAAGUGCUGCAGGUUCUGUUACCGGCAGUUCUCGUCUCCAGCUCAGCUGCAGACCCACCAGGAGCAUGUGCAUGGCCCCGCCCCCUCCUCCAGUCUGUGUCGUAUCUGUGAGUGGGCGUUUGAGAACGAGCCGACCUUCUUGAACCACAUGAAGUCCAACCACAAGCCCGGAGAGAUGCCCUACGUCUGCCAGGUGUGUUCGUAUCGCUCGUCCUUCUACUCGGACGUCCUGCAGCACUUCGCCAGCUUCCACAGAGACUCUCGCUUCCUGCUGUGUGUCUUCUGUCUGAAGGUGACGAGGAACCCCGUCAGCUACCAGCAGCACCUGCUCAGGCACCAGGUGAACCAGGCCUUCCACUGUAACAGGUGUCGUCUUCAGUUCGUCUUCCUUAAGGACAAAACGCAACACAAACUGGAGAACCACCGCAGCGUCCGUCGACCUGCUCGGCUGGAGGGACUGCCGACGGGGUCAAAGGUGACCAUCAGGACCUACGGGAAGCUACGCCCUCAGAUGACGUCUGCAGGGUGCCGGCUCCUCCAGACCCCCUCCUCCCUCGUCCAGCCAAUCCACAUCAAGACAGAGCCGCAGACGUCUCCGACCCAGAUAAACGCUGUACUCUCCAAAUCUCUCCGAUCCCCCACCAAGAGGCCUGUCAGCCGGCGAGGCCCCGGCAACAGGUCCUCAUGGUGUGAGGGAGACAGGUUGGUAUGUCUGGAGUGUGGAACCGACGCCUCAGACUUCUCAGCUCACUACCCCACACACGUCCACUGUCUCCUGUGUCCCUACAGCAGCUGCUGCUCCAGAGCCUACGCUGCCCACAUGAUACAUCACCAUGUUCCUCGCUCCAAAGAUGAAGUUGUUCCUCUGCACAGACGAGCUCCUCCAUGUCGGUUCCUGCUGCAGUGCUCUCAGUGCCACUUCAGACCUCGGACCGCCGACCAGAUGGCGCAGCACCUGCUGACCAACCCGGAGCACUACAGCGCCACCUGUCGCUCCCGGACGUACGUUGAACCUGACAUCCAGUUCUCCCAUGAUGAAGAGCAGCAUUCCUCUGAGGAGACGGAAAUAGACCAGAGCGAGGACUUGCCCGAUCCAUCCUGGAGAUCAGGGGCUAGUUGGAAACAGCUGGCGGAGAGCAACAGCACCGAGUCCACAGUAGUCCAGUUCACAGAGAGCAGCGGGCCUCGUCACUUCCUCAACAAAAGCAGCGACGCAAUCGACUUCUUCAACCUUCUCUUCCCGACAACGCUGGUGGAGCUGAUCACCAACGAGACCAAUGCCCACGCAAAGACCUGUCAGUUCCUGGGGUCCUUCCACCCUGACUGGGUCCCCGUCACUACCCAUGAAAUCAAAGGUUUCAUUGGCUUGGUGGUUCUGAUGGGGAUCCAGAGCCUGCCCGACCCAUCGCACUACUGGUCCUGGAGUCACUAUGACAACAGCUACACCUUCUACCGUGCCAUGAGCUUCAAACGCUUCAAGCUGAUUGCUGCCAACAUCCGCAUGGGCAGCUUCACCACGGAUGAGUAUCGUGGCGCCGACAACCCCGGCGACUCUUUGCACAUCUUCAGGCCGAUGCUUGACAUUCUGGGCGGAGCUCUGUGGAACACUUACCGACCAAACUGCAGUCUGACCAUCGACAGGGCGCUGCUGCCCAGCCUGGAGGAGGACAGCUGUCAGGCUAAAGGGAACCCAAAGACCCAGCCUCAGGUGUGGCUGCUCUGUGACUCCAAGUCAGGCUACUGCCACCGCUUCUUCAUCCAGGUGGGGGAGAAGGUGGCCCAGGAGUCAGGCUUCACCGUGGUGCCGGAGCUGGUGAAGGGCCUAGAGGACAAACACCAUCAGCUGUACCUGGCCAGCUCACUUACUUCUGUCCCGCUCAUGCAGAAGCUACUGAACCAGGGCAUCUAUGCUUCCAGCUCCUUCCCCCCACCCAACCCCAUCCUGCCCAGUGAGCUGUGGGAGCAAGGUCAGCUGGAGAAGCCCGGGGACUUCCUGCAAAGGCAGUUUGGCCCCCUACUAGCCACCCGCUGGAAGGAUACCAAGGAGAUGGGCUGCCUGUCAACUAAUGCAGCUCCAGGUGAACCAGACACUGUUUGGAGAAGGUCUCAGACCAAAGUGGGGGGCUUGGACCCCAUUAACCGCCCCAUGGCCUUCAGCCUUCUUCAAGAGAACAUGCGAGGAGUUGACAUCUGCAAGCAGUUGCUGGCCUGCAACCCGCUUGGAGUAAUCCACCAGGACCGUCACUGGCGUGGCCUCUUCUGGUUCCUGGUCAACCUGAGCAUCGUUAACGCUUUCAUCGUACUGCGAGAGAGUCGCAAAGAGAACCCACCUGCCUGGGUGCAAGAUGGCCUUUUUACUCAAGUCAACUUCCGCAAACGUUUGGGCAACCAGCUUGCCAAGUGUGCCCAGAAAUACUUUGAGACCAUGGAGAUCGCCAGCUCUCGCGGGAUGAGAGCGGAUGUGGCAGACAAAGUAGUUAAACAAAGGCACAGGAUGUCAAAGAUCAGCUCCAUCUCCAAGAGGUGCAAGAGCUGCAACUUGAAGAACGUCCGACAUGAGAGCGUGUACGGCUGCAUCAUCUGUAAAGCCAACCUGUGUAAACACCCAAGCUGCUUCUGGCAGUAUCAUGGCCUGUCGCCUCUAAACAAAGGCUCAAUAAAAGUUGGAUUCCUCAAGGACAGAAUAAGCGGAGCUGUUGAGGUGGAUGAGGUCGAGGACAACAUGGACCAGUCGAUGGGCCCCGUAGAGGACACAGACUUUUCUGACGAUGACAGAAUGGAUGAUUUGGAUGACAUGGAUGAAGAUACUGAAGAUGUUAAGGAAGAAUUUAUCAAAGAAGUACAACAUCCAGUGUCUCACCUGCCAUCAACUCCGAACAGCCAGGCCCAACCACCAACCAUCUUAUCUCCCCUGAAACAGCGUGACGAUUUCCUCACUGCCCGUCAACUGAGAAUCACCCUUUUCGCUCUGUGUGACGGACUCUGCCAAGCCUCAAGGGUCUUUUCAACCGAGGCCCAGCUCAUCCGAACGUGGCUGAAGGAGGCCAAGAGGCAUUUGAAGCAACGUGAACUGGAGCAGAAUGUCCACGGUGAUGGUGGAGGUCGCAUGGUGGCCUGGGUGCUGUCCAUGCGCGAGCAGCAGCUUCCUAUCACAGAGAGCAACCUCUUCCACAAAGCCUCCACACUUAAGAAGAAGGGAUGUUUCAGUGACUCCUUCCGCAUCUCCUAUGACUGGGCAGUGAGCUUCAUGCUGCAGCAUCGACUGGGCGUUCAGAGCAUCGGCACAGCUGCCACACUGACUCGCACCCUGCCGACUUCCCUGGAGACCAAAGUCACGUCCUUCAGGGAGUUUACCCAGAAGAUCAUCCAGGUUCACAAGCUGUCCAACAGCACCGUUGCUGCGAUGGACGAGCUGUGUUUCUUUGUGGAUUUGAGGUUAGUCCAGGAAAAGUCUCGCCGCUCAGAGGCACUGGAACUCAUUGGGUCUUUACCUCUGGUCACCGUGUACCUGACAGCGCUGGCAGAUGGUACCAUGCUGCCGUCUCUGGUGCUGGGGAACCGGCAGCUUGCUGAGAAAGUCCUGCCAGAGUUCAUCCUGCUGAAGGGCAGCCCAGAGAAUUUCCCAGUUGAAGAAGCCCUAGAUCUCUGGACUAACAAGGUCUGGCUACAGCACGUGUGUGGUCGAACUCAGCCCGGUAAAUCAAUGCUGGUCUUGGACCGACAUCGGGAACACAUGAGUGAUCAAUUCCUCACUUCUAUCAGUGGGUCGGGAACCCUCCCAGCAAUGAUUCCUGGUGGUUGCUCCUUCAGUCUUCAGCCUCUGGAAGUUUGUGUGAAACCGGUGCUGCAGCGCUUCAUGCUGCUGCGCUGGGAAAAGUUCACCGCUGGAAACCCCAAACUGCUGGAAGAGACACUGCCCCAGCAGCUCCUUGCAAAUGUAGCCCAGCUGCUGGUUGACUGGAUGGUGGAGGCACUGAUGCAUUUGAGCAAACUCCCCAAGCUUUGGAAGAAUUCAUUUAGGCUGACGGGUCUUCUUCUGAAAGAGGAGGUGGAGAAGGAGGAGGCAACAACAAGUCAGAUACCCGAGGAGGUCCAGAUGGACCUCCUUAAGAACCUGACUGAGGCCCUUCUGGGUGCUGAAGCUCUGGAAACAAAUUCUCCAGAUCUACUGGAGCUGGAAGAGGACGCAGAGGAGGAACAGGAAGGAGGGCUGAAGACAUUAGAGGAGAAACAGGAAGAGACAGGGAGGGAGGUGACAGAGACGGACAGGGAGGUGAAGGUGACAGAGGGGAAGGGGAUAACAGAGGAUGAAGGGAGUCAAGAGGACAUGCAAAAGGACAUAAAUGAUGUGGUUAUGACGAUGGAGGAGGAUAGCGAGGAGGAAGGAAAGGAGACAAAGGAAGAUAGGAAGGAGGUGAACAAGGAGAGACGAGAGACCAGGAUUGUAAUAGGGGAGGAAGUUGGUGAUGAGUGGAAGAUAAAGAGCAGGACAGAAGGUGUGGGGGCAGUGGAGGACAAUGAAGAUGAAGAUAAAGGAUUGUGAACACCGGAGUUACUGCCGCACUUUAUCUCAUCGGAGGUUUACUGGAGCCUGAAAACUCCCCGGGGGCACGAACAGGUGUACGUGGGGAUGGGAGGUGGGAUUACAAGCAGCAACCUCCCCAGCAGAGUGUGAAAGGCUGGGACACCUGUCAAUCAAACGAACUCUAGCCUUCUUGGUGAUGACCUGAAGUUCCUGUCGAGUUUGAAUUCAGACCAGGUUCAGAACAGGAUCUGGUCCAGGUGGCAGGUGACCUGACCUAGAGCGAGGUUGACAGGUGAAACUAAAAAGGUGAUGACAGUCGAAGAAGCUCAGUGGAUCUGCUGAGAACUGAACUCAAAACUGCCCUGACAAUUCACCUUCUGACCUUUGGACUGUUGUUUUUUUAGACGAUUAAAAUAUCUUGACGA